AUGGAUCCACUGCAGGUUGAGAUCGUACACUUCUACCCUAGGGAAAAUGCGAAACCACAUAACACAACAAAGUACGAAGUGGUCAAUGAGGAGAACCCGACAGUCACCAUCGUGCGACGUGGCCAGCCGUUCAGUGGAGUCGUGAGGUUCACCAGACCUUACGAUGAAGCCAACGACAUCAUACAGCUGGUGUUUUCUAUUGGGGACCAGCCAUCGAUGGACACUGUGGGAAGGAUGUUCAUACGCCGUGAUGCUGUACCGGACAUUCAUGCAUGGACAGCCACUCUCCUAGACGUACAGGAUGGAAACACUGUCUCUUUCAAGGUAUCAGCUCCAGUAACCGCGCCAGUGGGUGCGUGGGUGCUCCGUGUGGUCACAUGGCAGAGGGAUUCUGGAGAACGCACAGUCUACGACUUUGAUCAGGACAUCUACAUCCUCUUCAACCCAUGGAUACCUGAUGACCAGACCUACAUGGAAGACAAAGCUCUUCUUCAGGAGUAUGUGCUCAAUGAUGUGGGCAAAGUAUGGGUUGGUCCGGUGAAGACAACUAGAGGGAAACCAUGGCUGUUCGGUCAGUUUGAUGCUGUUGUGUUGGAUGCCUGCAUGUUCAUGCUGGAUAGGGCUGAAUUGCCUUUUAAGCAUCGUGGCGACCCAGUAAAGGUGAGCCGAGCCAUCUCCCGUAUUGUGAACUCCAACGACGAUGGUGGUGUACUAGUGGGGCGUUGGGAUGGAGCGUAUGAUGAUGGAACUGCUCCAUCCGAGUGGACUGGCUCUGUGGACAUCCUGGCGCAGUUCUUGGAGACACAGGAACCUGUGUCUUAUGGACAGUGCUGGGUCUUCGCUGGUGUUGUUACUACUGUUUGCCGUGCCCUCGGUAUCCCAUCUCGAGUAGUCUCCAACUUAGUAUCAGCUCACGAUGCCAACAGCACCCUGACUGUGGACAAAUACUUCUCGGAAACUAUGGAGGAGCUGGGUUACGAUCCUAGCAACGCUGAGCCAGAACAGACAGACUCCAUCUGGAACUACCACGUCUGGAACGAUGUCUGGAUGUCCAGGCCCGAUCUGCCUGCUGGUUAUGGAGGCUGGCAAGCUAUCGAUGCUACUCCUCAGGAGACCUCACGAGGAAUGUAUCAGUGCGGCCCAGCUCCGCUAGAAGCCAUCAAGCAAGGAGCCAUAGGAAUGAACUACGAUGUAGAAUUCAUGCUGGCUUCAGUUAACGCUGACCUGAUGAAGUGGAGGAUCGAUCCUAACUUGGAAACUGGUUUCGCUAUGGUCGGCAGCAAUACUUACCACAUUGGUCGCAUGAUCCUCACAAAGAAACCGUACGUGUUUGACCCCAACGGUGACGAGGACAGAGAGGACAUCAUUGACCAGUACAAGUUCAGAGAGGGAACUGCCUCCGAGCGACUCGCCCUCAUGAACGGAGUUCGGUUCUCUGAGAGAGCCAAGAGAUAUUACUCGGUAGCCAGCAGUAUGAAGAAUGACAUCAAUUUCAAACUAUGUGACGUGGACACGGUGCCCAUUGGUCAGGACUUCAAGGUCAUCGUGGAAAUUGAGAAUACUUCUGAUGAGGGUCGUAACAUAAAGGCGUCUCUGACAGCAAACAGCGUAUACUACAACGGAGUGAGAGCUGGAGUCAUUAAGAAGGCUGAAGGGCAUAUGUUUAUCAGUGCUGGCAAAAAGGACCAGAUCAUGCUGUCAGUGAAAUCAGAUGACUAUCUGCCAAAGUUAGUGGAAUAUGAGAACAUGAAGAUCUCUGCGAUGGCUAUCGUGAUGGAGACCAAGCAAUCCUGGGCAGAGGAGGACGACUUCCAGAUUAUUAAGCCCAAUAUUAACAUUAAGUUUAACGAAGACUUAAUCCUGAAUCAGCCGGCAACAGCAGUCCUCUCAUUCACAAAUCCCCUGGACCGUGGCCUGACUGGGUGUGAGUUCAGGCUGUCUUCAUCAGGAAUUGAAGGUCGCACUCUGAAGCUACAGGCUUCUGACGCUGCGGCUAAGGAACCAAUCACCGUGGAGAUACCUAUAUUGCCUAAGAAACUCGGCAGUAUCAACUUCGUGGCGACUUUCAAGUCAGCUGAGCUGAAGGAUAUCAACGGAGCAGCAACAGCCGAAGUGUACGAAGCAUAA